AUGUCCCUCCUAACCUCCAUCCUCAACACCUCCACCCUCUACAUCUACAUCCUCCCCUUCCUGGCGGUGGCCUACCUCCUCUCACAAUACUUCCACAACGGCCUGCACCGCUACCCGGGCCCGUUCCUGGCAAAAUUCACCCAUCUCUGGCGCUUCGUCGAUGUGUACGGCCGCCGGCCCGAAGUCACGCAUAUCCGGCUGCAUCGCAAGCAUGGCGAUGUCGUCCGGCUGGGGCCGAAUGUGCUGUCCUUUGCGGACCCGAAUGCCCUCAAGGUUAUUUAUGGGUUGAAUAAGGGGUUUGUUAAGUCCGCCUUCUACCCCGUCCAAAUGUCCACCUCCAAAGGCGAACUGCUCCCCUCCCUCUUCUCGACUACAGACGAGGUCUUCCACGCCAACCUGCGCCGAGCCGUCAACCACGCGUUCGCCAUGAGCUCGCUAGUGCAGUACGAGCCGCUCGUCGACGAGACAAUCGACCUGUUCCUGAACCAGACGGCGAAAAUCUACGCCAGCACUGGCAAAACCUGCGACUUUGCGCGCUGGCUGCAGUAUUUCGCCUUCGAUGUCAUCGGCAGCAUCACCUACAGCAAGCGCCAUGGCUUCAUCGAGAAGAAUCAGGAUAUCGAUGGCAUUAUUGCCCAGCUUGCGCGUACUUUUGACUAUGCGGGGCCUGUGGGCCAGAUGCCCUGGCUUGACUCCUUGCUGUGGAAGAAUCCUAUCCUUAAUACCCUGUCGCGCUGGGGGAUUAUUGACAAUUCCUUCGCUGUUGCGAUUUUCGCUCGCGCUAGGAUGCAGGAGCGUCUAUCCAGCAAAGUCUCGACUGCCACCGCAUCGUCAAGGGACGACCUACUCACCAUGUUCCUCAAAGCCCGCGACGCGCGACCAGACUUCAUGACCGAAAAGCGCGUCCUGACCAUGGCCGUGUCCAUGGCCUUCGCCGGCUCCGAGACGACAGCCAUCAGCCUAGCGGCUGUCUUCUACUACCUGCUCAAGAACCCAUCCUGUCUGCGACGCCUGCGCGAGGAGCUCGACACAGCCGUCAAGACAGGCCUGAUCGAGAACCGUCCGUCCGGACGCGUCUCGUGGUCCGAGUCCCAGCGUCUGCCCUACCUCGAUGCCUGCAUCAAAGAGGCUUUCCGCGUGCACCCUGCCGCAGGCCUACCGCUAGAACGCGUCGUGCCGCCUCAAGGCAUGGACAUCGCAGGCCACUGGGUGCCAGGCGGAACAAUCGUCGGAUGCAGCGCAUGGGUGAUCCACCGACGGGAGGAGAUCUUUGGCGCAGACGUCGACUCCUACCGACCGGAGCGCUGGUUGGAAGCGAGCGACGAGCAGCUCAAGACCAUGAACGGCACCAUGUUCCAGUUCGGCGCGGGCUCGCGCACCUGCAUCGGGAAGAACAUUAGCCUGAUGGAGAUUUACAAGCUGGUGCCGAGUUUUCUGCGAAGAUUCGAUGUCCAUCUUGCGAAUCCCGACAAAGAAUGGAAAUUACACAAUGCAUGGUUUGUCCGGCAGUUGGGUUUUGAGACCACGUUUACUGCUAGGAUGAUUGAGACGUAG